UAAGGGCUACUGAGACCGUUGCAAAGGAGAACAAUAGCAGAGACAGAAGCACCGAGAAUAAGGCAGCAGGAAGUCGAUCAAAGAGCAAAAGGAGCAGCACGGUGGAGAGUACUUCAGAAGAAUCGAAAAAGAAGCGAAAAGAUGAAAAUAAAGAGACGAAAAAGAAGCAAAAAGAAGAUUCUGGUAAACAGCACGAAAAGAUCAAAAGAAAUAUAUCAAGGAAAAGGAAAGAUAUGUAUGAAAUCAAGGAUAUGAAUAAUAAUGAAAUGAAUAGUUUGGAAAAAAGUUCGAUAGAUGAUGAUUCGAAUGUUGAAGACAAUGAGGCUCGGGAUGACGCAAAGAUUUCAAAAACUGAUAAUGCAUCAAUUGAAAUUAAGAAGAAUUUGAAAGGCACUGUGAAGCCUGGAAAGAAGUCUAUAUUUGCUGUGCCAAGGAAGAAAUCUUCAAACCAGGAGAAUAAAGAUAGAAAUCUCGAGUCUAUUUCGUCACCCCUGAAAAGGAAGCAAAAUCCUUGCAAAAAUGGUUGGGAUAGCAUUAAUGAAUUGGCUGAAGAUGGUAAAGAAAAAGCGAGAAAAAUGAAGUACCGCGGUACCCAGUGUAUGACAGCUAUGGCUGAUGAAUCAAGUGAAGUUGAUGAUCUGGAUAUAGAUACAACGUUUAAAACUAACACAAAAAAAUCAUUAGUAGCAACUUCAAAAUCUGCAUCAAAAAAUAAAGCAAAAAAUGCAAAGAAAGGUGAAGAUAUUGCUGUUUCCUGUGGCAUAGGAAAGGCGUCUAACCAACAAUGCUCACAAGGGACAGAGACAUCUUCCCAAGACAUUAUCUCACUUCAAGAAGCAACUGACAUCAUUAGCGAGGCCUUCCUAAACGCAUCAAGCCUUUCAAAUGCAGUAGACCAGCAUGUUGAUGAAGGCAUCAUGCCGUCAAAUAGAAGGAAGAAGGGCACAUUCAUGCAAAUAAGCCCACUUAUACCAGACAAUGCAGACGAAGAUCUGAGACUGUCACCUAUCCUCAAAAGCACGUAUCAAGACACCUAUUCGCAGAAGGUUGCUUCCAAUUUCAGUCAUAAUAUGAUGGACAGUGUCGUGCCUGUCAAUCACAAAUAUGCAGAUGAAAGCGAUGAUUCGCCUGAGUUUUGAAGGUGUUCAACGCAGACUUUUAAUGUGAGAAAGAGGCAAGUAUACUAAAUACAAAUUAAUAGAAUGCUACCUUGUUUGGAUACACUGGUAAUCUGCCAGUGAGUCACUGCUUGCAGCUAAAACUGUAAUUUCUAGUUCUGAUACUAGAUGAACCAAAUAGCGCCCCAUUCAAUCUUGUAAAAAGUCAAGAUAAUGUCUAACCCUCCUGCGUUCAAGCGCAUCAUAAUUGUCUCUUUAAACAAUAUCCUGAUGGUCAUUAAAACCAUUUCGUUAGUUGGCUCACGCGGCUGUUCAAAGUAGCCAUAAAAUAUACUGUUACUAGUUACACUUUUCAGGGACGUAAAGUUUUCGCACAAUAGUUGUGGUAGAAAUUGAUAAUGU